UGCAAAUGUUUGAUGGCAAAGAUCUACGAGUCCGACGGCCUCUGGUCGGCGUCGGAGAGGCCGUCUUCGUCUUUAUCCGGUCUCACGUCGUCGAUCGAGUCUCCGUCGCCAGCUCUGGUCAGAUCCGGCCAAAUCUGGUUAGUAGAUCGGCUACAACGAAGCUUAGGCUCCAAGCAAUUCGCUCCGAUAAUCGCGCACUUAUCGGCGUGUACUCGACGCCGUUUGGCGGUGGCUCUAUCGCUCUCGCCCCGUCGUGGAAAUUAGGAUAACAGAAUUAGAUUUAGAGUAGGACUCUAACUAGAAUUCUAGAAGGAAUCAAAAAUACCGCCGGGCCUGUAAAUACCACCCUAAACCAAAGAAUUUUUUCUUCAACAAUUUGCAAAAAAUAUUUAAAAAAAAACUCGGAGUUUCUCUUUUGAUCAUCAUAUUCGAUCUCUGCCAAGCCAAAACUCGAAUACCCUUUUGCCAAAAAGCCCUCCAAAGAAGAAAAUUUCCUGUUUUUGAUCGUUCUUCGGUCGGCAAAAAGUUGUUUUCUUGGCGAGUUGUUUUUCUGUUUCUCUGGGUUGGGUUUUGCUUUGUGGCGGUGAUUAUGGGAAGUUCUAGAAGGAGACGACAAGGCGAAUUCCGUGAUCAAGAAGGUUAUAGAGUGAGAUCAGAUAGUUACAGAAGAUCAUCUCAAGAAACUUGGCCAGUGCCUUCAUGGGAAAAGAAAUUCUGCUUCCGCGUUGGUUCAGUUCCGUGGCGAAAGCUCUUGGAAACAAAGAAGUAUAUGUGUCUGUACGACGGCGUCGUAAAGUGGAACGAUUCUGCUGGUGAAGAGGCAUUCAACAAUGCGAAGAGCAGGUAUUGGGCGAAGAUCAAUGGCCUUCCGUGUGACAUAUCGUUGCCUGAUCCCGAUAUCUACAUCGACAACAUCGACUGGGAUGCGAGCAUUGAUCCCGAGCCCUUUUUGGACUUGGAAAGAGAGUCUAUACCGUCCGAAUCCGAUGAAAGUAACCAAGGCGAGAGGGUCGUGAUUCUAGGCCAUGCCCUCCUCAUGGAUCAGUCCUUUUCGUGCAUUGGAUGGGGUGACACUGAAGAGGCUUUUCAGAAAGUUACCGAAGCUCAGAACGCCGGAGGGUCUGAUAAUUGGAAAAUUCCGUGGGAACAGAGGUGUGAUUGGCGAAACAAAGACAUUAGGGGUGAUCAUCAAGGAUGGGGUUACAACUCGAAUGGAUGGGGUAACGGGUUCAAUCGAUGGGGGAGCAACUGUGACAACUCGGGAAGAGCUUACGGAGAUCAUUGGGCGACAUGGGGCGCUAAUAGCUGCAACAAAGAUGGCUUGGGUUGGAACAAUUCAAGGUAUAAAGCCUCGCGAUUUCGUCGAUGGGGGAGCAACUGUGACAACUCGGGAAGAGCUUACGGAGAUCAUUGGGCAACAUGGGGCGCUAAUAGCUGCAACAAAGAUGGCUUGGAUUGGAACAAUUCAAGGUAUAAACCCUCGCGAUUUCGUCGAUGGGGGAGCAACUGUGACAACUCGGGAAGAGCUUAUGGAGAUCAUUGGGCGACAUGGGGCGCUAAUAGCUGCAACAAAGAUGGCUCAGGUUGGAACAAUUCGAGGUACAAAGCCUCGCGAUUUCACUGUGAGAACUAUCAAACGACGGAUCAUGGGUGGAGACACAGAUCGGGAAGAAGGAAGCGGGCGAAUGUUGCGUACGAGAAACACGCUUCGAGGCUCCACGCCAGUUAGGUAGUUGCUGAAGAGCAAGCCAGUUUUGUAAAGAGAGUAACAACACAUUUUAGAUACUUUUGUUGUUUUUCCAUUCUUUGGUUGUUUAGAAGUGGUACAUAUAUAAAGUUUUGAGGAAGCUUAGGAACUAUUAUAAACUUGUUGGCAACUCUACGGCAGGCGAUUUUAGUGCUUCUUUUUUUUGCAUUGGUUGUAGAAUAUGAUAUUACUUAAUUAAUUUGUUGCUUUAUUUUAUUUUACCAUACGUUAUGUAAAUAAUAUUGCAGAACCGGCAUGUCAUUGGGAUAUUUGGCUUAAGUUAUGUUUUGCCUAA